UCCCUCAUUCAAAUUAAAGUUUGCUACUCAACGAUUCCAUAGCCUUAUAUUUGCAUGAAUUUUCCCCUAGAUUUUCAGAGCGGUCGAGUUCGACAAGAACCAUGCGGGCCGGUGUUCCGUAUCCCGGAAUCUCGGCACUCCCAUCUCGACCUCACGACGAAACGCCUCUCCCGUUAAACGUCGAUAUUAAUGUCAAGAUCUCCUAUCACUUGCCAUAUUCUCGACUCGUCGUCAGGAAAGCCUGUUCCGAAUGUAGAGAUUAGGCUGCAGCGCUACGAACCCGGAAAAUCAGAGGAUGAACCAGACAUCUUUGUUCCAUUGGCAAAAGGGAUAACAAACUCAGACGGCAGAUGUCCGGACCUUCUUCCGCCACUGGAGGCCUCAGAAGAAACGAGGCGUUUGCUAACUGCCGGGUCGUACAAGGUAAUCUUCAGGAUCAAAGAGUACUUCGAGAGCAAGGGACAAAAAUGCUUUUAUCCGUGGGUCGAGAUAACGUUCAAUCUCGAAAACCCCGCGGAACAUUACCACAUUCCUCUUCUCAUUAGCCCCUACUCUUUUACUACAUACCGUGGCAGUUGAGCAUUAUAGGGGCCCCAAUACUUGAAUGACAU